AUGGCAGAACUCGGCACCAGUCCAGGUCCAGGUCCAACUACUGAUCCAGACCCCAACACCGCCUCAGAUGCCGACACGGUCACCGACACUGACACCGACACUGACACCGCCGCCACCGCUGUUUCCGACCAAAGCAACUCCUGCAACGCCGCCGAUGACUUCCGACUUCCCGGCCCUGACGACGCAAUGGCCGACUUCAUCCAAACUCCUGCUGCACGCCCGAACGACGGCUCCAGGAUCCAGUGUUGCUGCGGUCGCACCGACUGUGUCUAUUUGAGCCAUAGCCGCUCCGUCCUCGAAACGGUCGAAAAGGAUGUCCAUACCGCCGCCAAGCUGGGCAAGGCCCUUCUUGCUCGCCAUGAGGCAUACAUGGCCGACGCCGAACGAGACCGCAUGUCAUUGACCACCCGCAUAGAACAGCUGGAAUCCGAAAAGGUGGAGCUGCAGGCCGAGAACGCGAGGACCGUCGAGGAGAACCGCUCCCUGCUCGACCAACUCGAAAUGCUCAACACCACCGUCCAGGACGCGGACAUCCGCAUCCAGACCCUCGAGGCGACCUUGCUGUCCUCCCACCAGGCGGUGCGUCGCCUCGAGGGUGCGGCCGCCCGCGCCGCCGAGAUGGAACGGCACAUUGCACUCCUCGAGCAGGAGCAGCUCCGCCUGCAAAACACCCUCAUAACCACCGAGUCCGAGGCCCGUUCCGCAAUGCAGCGGUGGAGAAAGGCCGAGAGGGGCAUCUCCGACCUGCAGGAGCAGCUGGAGCGCAUGGAAAAGGAGGCCAAGGAAGAGCGCGAACGCCACGUCGAGGUCCUCAGUCGCAUGGAGCGCCAGCGUGAGAUGGAAAAAGAGCUCAACACCGCCGCCGGGCGCCUCAAGGGGGCUGCCGCGGCCAAGUCUCUCACCUCGGACAAACCCGCCAGCAGCGUCGUCUCCCACUUUGUCCGUGACCUCCUGCAGGACAAUGCGAACCUGCAGCUAGGCAUAGCCGAGCUGCGGGAGAUGCUCAUCAACUCCAACGACGAGAUCCAGGCUAUGCGGGACCAGCUGAUGUGCCACCAGCCCAUCGGCGACGAGGACGCCGGCGCCGGCGCCCCAUCAACGCUACGCGCGGAAAUCGGCCCAGACCCCCGCGAGAUGGCCCAGCACAUCUCCCAGGAGCUUCAUAUUCACCACCACUACCACGUCGCGGAAAAGACCAAACCCAGGAAGAAACGCCACAGCCUGAACCCGGCCGUGUUCCCGCCCGCCAGCGUCUCGCGGUCCUCGACGCCGCCGCCGGCCGCAUGGCGACCCGCUCCUUCGCCGAUGACUCCUCUGGCGGCUUCCCACUCCCACAACGGCUCGACAUCGACCAUCUCGAUGCCGUCCAACCGAUGGUCCGUCUUUUCGGAACAACCCUCCGAGUUCGCGCUUUCGUCCGUCCCUAGUUCGCCGCAGUCGAACCCCCGUCAUUCCAUGUUCGACAGGCCGGUGUUCGAGACCGACAUGCCUAUGUCGCCGACGACGAGCUUGGACCCUACCUCGCCGACGUGCAAGCUCUCGCACAGAAAUCGCCCGUCGGAAGCGUCGAUCCGGAGCUUCUCAGUGCCCCCCAAGCUCCUUAGUGUGGCUUCGCCGGCACCACCAGUAGCGCCCACCUUGCAUGUGGCUCAGCACAUUUCGUCCACGAUCGAGGAAGAAAGGGAAGAGAACGGUCCUGAAGAAGCGCCGGAUCUUUUGCCGACCAACGACGACCACAUCGAGACCGAGACCGAGACAGAAACCGAAACGGAAGUCUCCUUCUCCAAGUACGAGGAGCUGCCACCGCGACGUUUGCACCGCGCCGUUUCCCACGAAUCCAUCAUAUCCUUGUCAGGGGGACUGGACAUUCACACUCUCAAAGUACGGCCAAGUCAACUGACAUUUCGCCCGCUGGGUGGGGCUGAAGCCGUGUUUACUGGCGUCACGGCACGUUCAACUAUAUCACGGGGCAGCGACAAGCGUAGCGACGUUUUGCUGCGCGAUAGUCUCGCCGGCAGGCCUGUGUCGAGGAUGGUGUCGACGCCCAUCCGGAGCGCUUCGCCGGGGAGCACGCAUUCGCAGUAUUCUCAAAAUUCGAGCGGCCUGGGCAGAUGGGUCAGCUGGCGGCCAUGGACAGGAGGAGGUUCGGCAGCGUCAGCAUCCCGGGCGACGACACCGACAGCGGCCCAAGGCGCCGGGAAGGAAAAGGACAAGGACGUCGUUAGAGCGCCGGGCAUCAACCAGCCCGGCGCCAUUCCCGGCUUCCAAGAGUACCUGGCGGCUCACCAACGCCGCGGCCCCCCGAGCAAGGUGCUGCCUGACGUAAUCGACGUCGAUGCGCUGCGAGACGGUCUAGAAGGGGGAUUGUAA